ACUGUACUGUACAUCCUGGAGAAGCAUCCCACAGCCAAUUUCACUGGGGCCAGUACUUGGGAGCAGCCCAGAGUUACCCCCACACAAGCCACUUAGCUCCCUGCAAGGGAGCAGGGACCCUCCAGUCUCCCCUCACAGAGCACACAGGCCCGUUGUCCAGGCUCCCACUCUUCUGGCUGAUCAUGACUCUCUGAUCACUCUCUCCCCACCAAUUACAAAGCCACUUAUUCUCCCCUGACAACCAGUAUCCCCCUGCCCUCAGUCCCAAUAUCCUCAUUCCCCAGACUCCAAUAUCGCCCCUUUCCUGCCCCCCCCAGCUCUCUGCCCAAAUACUGCAUACCCCUUCCCUGCCCCCUACUGCUAACCUGCAAUAUAUCCUCCACCCUUCCCUUGCCUCACCCUCAGUCCCCCUUGGCAUCCUCCCCUCCCUCUCAUAGCUUUUGCCACCUCAGGUCAGUUUUCUGUCCAGUGUUGCCAGUUGAGCCAUUUUGUCGCUGGAUGUAGCAACGUCACCAGAUUUGAUUAAAGGUCACAGUUUAGCGACUUGUUGAGGCAAAACUUGAAAAAUCUCAAGCAGACCUAAAACGUUGCUGGAGUGAGCGACAAAAUCACUGAACUGGCAACACUGAAAUGAGAGGAGAUUUUGUCCCUGCCUCGUGUUGUGCAGGGCCAGAGCCUCCAUGAGUUCUGGGACUUCUCUUUUGAGGACCCCAGCACUGCCUAAGGGCCUGGGUGGGUGUACAGCUCUGUAGUGCCUACGACGCUGCUGUCUGUGAUCUGUAUAGGCAGGACAGAGGGCACCAGAGAGCUUUGCCUACAGCACCAAAUGGGCUAUCUGUGAAAUCAGUGGAAAUCAGGCUUUUCUCAUUUUUGGAUUCUCACCAAAAUUAGUAGUGUGCUUCCCAUGGAUAUCUAGAACAUUCCCUGCAAUUUUCAAAUUGAUCAGUUGGGGUUUUCAAAAGCUAUCACAUUUCACCUCUGUAGACAGACUUGGUUCACUCAACCUAUGAGCUAGGAAUUAUUCUGGGGAAGUUCUAUGGCCUGUGUUAUGCUGGAGGUCAGGCUACAUGAUCACAAUGGUCCCUUCUCGCCUUGGAAACUUGGAAUUUAUGAAAGCCAUCAACUUGGUGUAACUGGUAACUGGUAAGCCUUCUCAGAACUGCAAAGAGUCCCAAAACGUUGGGGAGCUUGCAUACACAUCUACCCACCUACCCACACUGGCUGGUCAUAAGUGCACUUACUACUUGUAAUAGGCAUUAAAAUUCACUUUAACUUCUGAUAGAAUUAUUUCAAUUAAAAUAUCCUACAACUUCCUACAGCAGUGCUGAAAAGUCUGCAUUUUAGGAUAGUAUCAAAUUAAUCUGAAGUCCAGGUGUGCAGACUCACUUCAUCUCGCUUCUCAAAAAUAUGUAUAUUAUUCAUAUCUAUUUAAGGUUGAGACUUUCAAACUUGCCAAAGGGAUUUGGAUGCCUAAUUCCUAUUAAAUUCUAAUGGACAUGGGGCAUCCAAAUCUCUUAGGCAUCUUUGAAAAUCCCACCCUGAAUUUGUCCUGCUGAUGUUAUGAACUAAUGACAAAAUGCCUGUGACAUAUUGUAGGUUCCCUUUAUUGAAAGGAAUAAAUAUAAAAUAAAUUCAUGGCUGAGAUAACCAGGAGGUCUGGCAUAAUUCUCCCUCAGUUUUCAACUCUGAUCUCAGAUCCUUGGUCUCUUGAGAAACAGUCCGAAGCUCAGACUUAUUGCACAUCCAAUGUGAUGAUGCCAAUAUUUGUUGUACAGUGUUCAACUGCUGAAUGUGGUAGCCCAUCAGGCAUUUUGCUGAUGAUGUCACACUCUGCUAAAGGGCACUGAAGACUCCGAUAUGCCUACAGGAAUCAGGCAAGUCCUGUUUUAAAGCUUUUGCUUUAGAAGUUCUCAUUUUAUAAUCCAGUGUAUGAAAUGGGCAUACCGAAAACUUUUCCUGUCUUGUGGGAAGAACAAGGCACUCUUCAGUUCUCUCUAGUGAUAGAUGCACUGAGUCACCUGUUCAGUUAUAGAAUGCAUCUAUUUUCGAUUCCCUGGAGCUGGUGUUAACUCCUUUUCCUUUUAAGAGAUGUCACCGGACAUGUUUAAAUACCUGCAGGGGGCAGCAUGGGUCGGCUUGAUGGGAAGGUAAUAUUGCUGUCUGCAGCCGCACAAGGGAUUGGACGAGCAGCUGCUAUAGCUUUUGCAAAAGAGGGAGCAAUGGUCAUUGCUACAGACAUCAAUGAGUCCAAGCUGCGAGAACUGGAGGAGUAUUCAGGCAUUCAAACACGGCUGCUGGAUGUCACCAGCAGAGAACAAAUAGAAAAUCUGGCCAAGGAGAUUGAAAGGAUUGAUGUCCUCUGUAACGUUGCAGGUUUUGUCCAUCACGGAACCAUUCUGGAGUGUGAGGAGACAGACUGGAACUUCACAAUGAACCUCAACAUUCGCAGCAUGUAUCUAAUGAUCAAGACAUUCCUUCCAAAGAUGCUUGCAAAGAAAUCUGGAAACAUUAUCAACAUGUCUUCUGUGGCAUCCAGCAUUAAAGGAGUUGUAAACCGAUGUGUCUAUAGUACUUCAAAGGCAGCAAUUAUUGGUCUAACCAAGUCCAUAGCUGCUGAUUUCAUUGGACAAGGCAUCAGAUGCAACUGCAUAUGUCCAGGAACUGUUGACACUCCAUCUCUACAUGAGAGGAUCCAAGCCAGGCCCAACCCAGAACAGGCCCUGAAAGACUUUCUGGCUAGACAGAAGACUGGUAGGAUGGCUACUGCUGAAGAAGUGGCCCACCUCUUUGUGUAUCUGGCCUCUGACGAAUCUGCCUACAUGACUGGCAAUGAGCUUAUCAUUGAUGGAGGCUGGAGCUUGUGACUUACGAAACUUUCAGCUGAAGUUUUCAAUGGAAAUUCAUAGUACGAAAGGCAAAUAAUGAAGAGAUUAUCACAUGUCUCUACUAAUAUAGUUUGCACCAUUUUAAUGACUAAAAUGAUUGACCUUCAAAUAAAAGUCAGUGUAUUUGCACAGACAUGCGAUA